GCUUGCGCCUCGGACCCGCGCGCGACGAAUCCCUCGACUGCUCUUCAAUUCCCUCCACGUUUUGGGGGGGAAAUCCAGCGUCACUCUUUACUUUGGAUUUCAUCGUGACCAUGAUGUUCGGCCUACAUAUAUUGCUGGCCUCCAUUAUUCUGGGCUGCUGCUGCUGUGCUCUGGAUCUUCCACGCGUGAGCCCCAACGCGAGCGAGGUGACUGUGGAGGUCGGGCAGAGGCUGGCCGUGAGGUGUGAGGCCUCGGCCCGCGUGGUUUGGGUCGAUCCUCAAAACGCCGCCGUCUCAACGCCGCCCGCAACCACAGCCACGGCGCAGACGGAAGCCAUACCUGAAUUCGGCUUGUUUUCAACUUGGCUACGAAUUGAGAAUGCGACGCUGCAACACAAUGGUGUGUACACGUGUCAGUACCAUCACGAAGACAUGAGUAGAUACGACGAAGCUGACGCCACUGAUGGGACAGAGGCACGAGGUGCCACUGUGAGAGUUUAUGUGCAAGACGGGCGCUCGCUGUUCGUGCCCUCGCGGAGUGAGCACGCGCAGGUGGUGAUCGUGCACGCGGGGGACGUGGCGACUCUCCCGUGCCUCGUCACCUCGCCACGCACGGCGGUGUCGCUCCGUCACGACGCCGCCCCAGCAGCCGCCGCGCCUGGCAGCGGCAGCAGCAGCAGCAUGCCGCCUCGACUGUCCGCAACCACGCACAGAAACAACGUCGCAGUGGGAGAAAGUGUCACCCGCCAGAUGCAACGUAGCGCCCAAACGCCGCAACACCAAAUUGCCACAAACCAAAGUGCGCACUCCUCAAACACCCCCAGCAAUGCACUUCAAAAGCAGCCGCUCCCCAUCGUGAACCCUGCUGAUUACAUCCAAAAGCUCGAAGACAAAAUUAAUGGCAAAGCCGGAGUGCCUCCUUCCAAUGCUAUGGCGAGCACAGGGCCGUCUUCGAAUGUCACAACCGUCCACUCCACCGAAUCCGGCGGAGUGUCGUUCGCUGCCGCGGUGCCGAGUGCGGGAACCCCCCGGGCAGCGUGGUACGUGCCCGGCGUGGGCCUGCAGGCGAACCUGCUGCCCGGGCGCUACCGCUGCGUCGCACGUCUGGAGGGACGCACGCAGGAGUCGGAAGAGUACCACGUGAUGGUGCUCGCAGUCUCACAGCUCCAUCCCGUGGUGGACUCGCCACGUGCCGUGGUGCGGCGUGGCGACACGAUCACGCUCACGUGCACCGUGACGGGCAACGACAUCGUCACGUUCACCUGGAGACACCCUCGCAAGCCGGUUGAUGGGGACACGUCGCACACGAGCGUGCACGAGCGGCGCAUUCCUGGCGGCGGCAUGCAGAUCGUGCACACGCUGACCGUGCCGCUGGCCGACGAGCGCGACACCGGCGUGUACACGUGCACGACCGAGAAUUCGUACGGACAGGCGAACGAGAGCACUCACAUCACCGUGUUGGACAAGGGGUUUGUCCGCGUGCGGCCUCACAUCGGCCCCGACGAGUCUGCAAUGCUCCUGAGUUCGCCCCUCUACGAGGUGGACAUCUUCGCAUUUCCACCUCCUCUCUCUGUCUUCUGGACAAAAGACGGCAGACGCUUGUUUGACAAGAACAAACACCGCCAUCGCCCAAACGAUCAGGCUCAGUUCGCUCGUCACCACCAGGAAGGAAAGCAACCGACCGAAGGUAGCGGACCGGACCACAAGCGCCGCAAGCAGACGGGUGACAGCAAGACGAACGAUAACCUCAUAACGAGCAGUCGGACCGACCCCAGCCGGAGCGAUGCUCAGAAAAUGAUGGACGCUCGAUUCGGGAGGCGCUUGGAGAACGACAGGCAGACUGCUGCGAGUGAGCAGACUGGCGGAGGUCCGUUCCGUCGCGAUCGAGCAAGUGAGCCUGCGGACAAAGCUGCGCCUGACAGCCAACAAGACGACAAGAAGGGGUUGCGCUCCGACGAUCAUGGAGACAGCCACGCACACAUUGGCUUUGAAGCUGUAGAUCCACGGAAUAACCAUUACCGCGGCUGGCUGGGCCUCAGCCGCGUGGCGCUAAGCGAUGAAGGCCUCUACUCGAUCGUGGUGGAGAACAGCGAUGGCAAUGCCAGCUACAGCUUCUACCUGUCCAUCAAUGUGCCAGCAGCCAUCACGAAGCUGUCGGACAACCCGGAGCAGGGCGACAAUGGCUGGAGCGGGGCGCACCGCGUGGUGUGCGUGGCGCGUGGCUCUCCCAAACCACGCCUCGAGUGGUUCGCCUGCAGCCAGCAGCACAGUUGCACAGAAACAAUUCAUUGGACCUUGAUCUACGUCAGCAAUGCCACAGCUCCUGCAGGGCUAGGCUCAGGCCUGCCAGCUGACGCUAAUUCAAGCCGCAGAGCCAAUCCAGCUGCUGGCUUCGACUACAGCAACGUGAACCCAGACAAAGAGGGUAUAUCUGUGCAGGAGUGGGCCGAUCCCAGCAAGGGGAUCAGCAGCAGCACAAUCACCUUCGAUCCCGCGACAUUGGUGACCCCAACCGCUGUGCGCUGCGUGGCCACAAACCCCUUCCAAACUGAUGAGCAGAUCCUGUCCCUACUGAACACGGACUCCAAGGUGGGGCUCACAGUGCUGUCGGUGGUGCUGUUCCUCCUCGUCCUUUCCAUUGCCCUUCUCGUCGUUGCCAUCGUCAUUUGUAAUAGGAAACCACGUUACGAGGUGCGGUGGAAAGUGAUCGAGUCGGUGAGCCCAGACGGGUGCGAGUACACGUACGUGGACCCGAUGCAACUCCUGUAUGACCGACGCUGGGAAGUUCCCCGAAGCACUCUGAAAUUUGGUCGGGUCCUGGGUUGUGGCGCAUUUGGUAAAGUGGUUGAGGCAAGCAUACAGGGCACGGAAACUCCGUGCGUGGCUGUCAAAAUGCUUAAAGCCAACUCGUCCAUGAGUGAAAGGAGAGCGCUGAUGUCUGAGCUGAAGAUCAUGAGCCACCUGGGCGCACAUCUCAACAUCGUCAACCUGUUGGGGGCCUGCACUGUGGGAGGUCCUGUCUACAUAAUUACCGAGUUCUGUUGCCACGGUGAUCUGGUGAACUUCCUGCACAGGAACAAGUAUGCGUACCUUCACUGGCUAAAGGAUGCUCAGCAAUCGCUCAAGAGGCCUGCAGCAAGCUCUACAUGUGCUGAGAGCAUGUAUAUGGAUAUGAGGCCGGGAGAUGAUGACAAUUACGUGCGUUCUGAAGCACGUGUAGAUCGCGUUCUAUACACAGUGGUGGAUGGGGUCUAUUAUAUGGAUACCCAAAGAGAUGACGAACCAUUCUAUGCCUGCUGUGAACUUGAUGGCGCGUCGCCCCUCACGUCGACAGACCUCCUGAGCUGUGCCUACCAGGUGGCACAGGGCAUGGCGUUCCUUGCCUCCAAAAAUUGCGUACACAGAGACCUGGCUGCCCGUAACGUGCUGCUCGCAAACCACCGAGUGGUCAAAAUUUGUGACUUUGGACUGGCGAGAGAUCUGGAGAAAGACACCAAUUACAUAUCCAGGGGCAAUACGUUCCUGCCGGUGAAGUGGAUGGCCCCAGAGAGUAUAUUUGACAACGUGUACACAACACUCAGCGACGUGUGGUCCUACGGUGUGCUGUUGUGGGAAAUAUUCUCGCUCGGAGGCAGUCCUUACCCUGGAAUGGCAAUUGAUGCACACUUUUAUGGGCAGCUGAAAGCUGGACUUCAUAUGGACAAACCAGAACAUGCGACGGAAGACCUGUUUGAAAUAAUGAAGGCUUGCUGGGCACUCAGGGCAUCCCAAAGACCCACAUUCUCCCAGCUCGUGAAAACAGUGGGAAAGCUUCUACCACCGACAUACUUACAGGCAUACGAUCAAACGAGCGAGCAGUUUUGUGAUAGACGCAACAAGAUACACAACAGUGUGCACACAAAUGUGCGCGUGGAUGUGAGCAGCACGGCAGAUCCAGAGGACAAAACUGAGUCAGACAGGGAAGGUGGCUUGUUCUACCUUCAACUCAAAACGGAAGAUGUACAGCCCGAGUGGGAAACCAGUUUCUUGUGAUCGACUCAGCUGAGGUUGGCAUCCAUUACAGGGGCACAGCACCCGGCAGUCCACUGGGUUCCCUGCUGCUGCUGCUCCAGAGCACAGCAUUUCUCUCCACGUGUUCACACAUUUAUCCCCAUGUGCAGCUGAAGAUGCAGUACCCUGGUGUUGCUGGCUGGCCCCUUUUCGAACACAAGUCGAGCACAGUACUCUUGCUACCCCCAUUCCUUGAUUAUAUUUAAUUCGCUUCACGGUAUUUUGCCUGUGUUAUCACCUUUUUAUGGAAUAUUUUCAACACUUAUGUUAUUGCAUGUCCCACUGUUUAUAUUUUGUAUCCUCAAGAUUAAAAGAUGCACCCCCCCCCCCCCCAUCCUGUAUUUUAAAGCAGAGUAUAUUUCCAGAGUGUCUUAAAAUCUGGCAAUUGCAAUAGUAUUGCGAUGAAGACUACGUAUUAAGCGCCUCAUAUCGAACAUAGUCGUUAUAACUUGAUAUUUAGAACCUGUUAAACUUGCAUUACUUGAACGACGUAUAUUAAUCAGUGAAGAUUCCACUUGUUACUAAAGGUUUACACAUUUUCUCACGUGUUUUAUACUCAGAUGCGUAAAUAUGGAUACGUUACUGAACAUUCCAAUUUCAGUGACUACAAAGACGUUUUUAAUGGUUUCAUUGCGUAGUCCUAGUUAUGAACACUUACAAUUUCAGUAUUACUGUACUGUAUAGUACCUUAUAUGAAUACGUAACAAUAUACACAUUACAAAAAUGACAUUACGAAUAAACGUUUAAAUAUUUCAUGAUAUACUGUAAUAGACCACUCUUUGCAAUUGUUUUAUGUAGAAUUUUCCAAUUUAAAUAUUCAAGUUAAUGUUGCACAGCAGGUCCAUUUUCUUGAAUUGUGUCUCAUGCUGUUUUAUAGGUACAGAAUAAAGAGUAACCCGAGGCACUUGACACCCUAAAUUAAAAAUAGGUUGUCCUACUUAUGCAGUCUGUAAGGAAUUGCGAUGUAACCCCGAGUGACAUGAUCGAGCAUCGCACUUAGUUGCAGUUUAGCGAGCGCUAUGACUGUCAAAUAUUGUGAUAAUUUAUUGUGUGCUCUGUAAUACCACAAUCCCACAGGUAAAAGCACCUCGAAUACAUUACUGUAUUAAUAUGACAACAGUGCUCGAAGCAAUACCUGUAACAAUACCUGUAACAAUAUAUCCCCCACAGAAAUCAAGUUGUUACGAUCCGAGAUCAUGAUUCAAAUUAAGAAAAUUUGAUUUUUGCAUCCUUUGUACCAUCUCGUUUGCAUUGUUUCUUGCUCUGCAUUUUUGUACUUUUGUUUGCUAAAAUACACAAACCAUUUGCAUAUGGUUUGUGUAUUUCAUAAAUGAUCGAUUCUUAAAUGCACGCUUUAAUUCAUCCACCAUGAACGCGAGGAUCGCCUUUAAUCGGUGACUGAAUGUAUCAUCAACAAGUCUCCCGUGUGUGCUAUAACAAUCGUGGCCCCAUGCCUUGCUCGCUCGCUCGGCUAAACCUUGCCUCUGCUGAACUGCAUUGGUCUAACCCAAUAUCCCCGCAGGCAUAGGUUGUGUCUAACUAACUACACGGAGACGUAUAUAUGGAGGCAACGCGGUUAUUACAACAGACUCAACGGACAGCGACUGUAAUACGAAGGGGUACGGCCCCUUCAACCCGAUAGCCUAAGGGAGGUACAGUAUCCCUUCUCGUGUGUCCUACACACUACCCCGGGCUACUCUACACCCAGGUCUCUGGCCACGGCCGCUAAGGGAGGCGAGACCGACCCGACCCAGGGUCCCACCACCGGUCCGCUACAACCCGGCUCUGACAAGAGCCUCGGGGAGGGUCCCAGGGUGCUGCUCCAGUCUUCAGAUCUUCGGACGGCUUCAGGC